UACUGAGAGAGACCGGAGAUAAAAGCACAAGGAGGAGAGGGAAGGAAAAGACAGAGUGAGAAAGACAGAGAGACAGAGAGAUAGACAGAGAAACAGAGAGAGAGGUGACAGGGUGAAAAAUCCAACCAAAAAGAGGUGAGUCAGUCAUCUGGUUUGGUUGGUUCAGAGGAGCAAAGUGUUGGCUUGCGCAUGUUCUUAUAGACUGUAGAAGAAAGAAGCUGUGAAGGCAGGAGGCAUCGUCCAGGGAUUAAGACAGGACCAGUCUGUUGAGUAAGAGUAAGGGUCCCAACAGAGGAAGCAGGAGGGGUACGUUGGUAGGUGAAGCAGCCUUUGGUUCAGCUCUUUUGCACGUUCCUGGUCAUGGCUCCGAAAGUCUGUAGCUCACCCUUCCUCAAGCCGUUCUUCCUGAAGACGCCCAUCGGUGUGUCCAGCCCCAGACGGCAGCGACGGCACACACUACCUGCCAGCGAGUUCCGCAACCUGACCCCUCAAGAUGCCAUCAGUGUGUUUGAGAUUGAGAGAGAAGCGUUUGUGUCUGUGUCCGGCGAGUGUCCACUCACUCUGGACGAGGUGCUCGUAUUCCUUAGCCAGUGUCCGGAGCUCUCGCUCGGCUGGUUCGAGGAGGGACAGCUCGUGGCCUUCAUCAUCGGUUCAGGCUGGGGCAAGGAGAAGCUCGCUCAGGAGGCCAUGACCACUCAUGUCCCCGAUAGUCCGACCGUCCACAUCCACGUGCUGUCCGUGCACCGCCACUGCCGGCAGCAGGGCAAGGGCUCCGUGCUGCUGUGGCGCUACCUGCAGUACCUCCGCUGUCUGCCUGGCCUGCACCGGGCACUGCUCAUCUGCGAGGAGUUCCUGGUGCCCUUCUACCUCAAGGCCGGCUUCAAGGACAAGGGCACGUCGGCCAUCGCUGUUGGGACCCUCUCCUUCCGCGAGAUGGAGUACCAGCUGAGAGGCCUGGCCUACGCGCGGCGAAACAGCGGCUGCUGA